CUUCUCCUAUUCUUUCGAUCACUUGCCACGGUCUCAACUAUGUCUCGCCGUGUAUUAUUCUCUCUUCUCGCGCCGCUACUUGUCAACGCCGCACUGCUACCGAGAGGUGGUGAUGUUGCGGUCGGCGACAAAUGGAAGAACCACAACGAUGUCAAGCCUCUUCCUGCGCUUCCGGAUGACGACAUCAUGGGUGAUUUAGAAGUCCAAUACUCACCAUUUCUUUUCUCCUGGCAUGGAUGCAUCCCUUAUGCCGCUGUGGACGCCGAUGGCUACGCUGGUUCUGGACUAAAGCCCACUGGCAAGUCUGGUGACGAUUGCCGCGACUUUGGACAGUCUGGUCAAACUUACGCGAGAGUUGGAGAGUCCCACGACCGCUGGGCCAUUAUGUACAGCUACUAUCUUCCCAAGGUCAUGGGCAGCGACGAGCAGCAUCGUCACCACUGGCUCACAGCCGUGGUCUGGCUCGCCUAUGACAAGUGCCCAGAUGAACUCAGGAAUUUCUCUCCUCGUGGAAUCAGUUAUUCGACAAGCCCUGGCGCAUUCGACACGAAGCGCACUAACACACUUUACGUCGCAAAGAACGGUGCUGGACUAGCGACUCACCCUGUAGUUACCUACGAUGCCGGCCAGAUCCUUUUCCCCUCUGAUGUCGGGCCCAAUGGUGCCUUGAGCCCGCCCCUGAUCGGCUGGGGUCGCUUGCCUCAGCUCGCCAAGGACCAGUUCAACGGAAUCCAAUACGAGCACACCAAGGUUCCAUUCAGCGACGCCAACUUCCAAAGCUACCUCGACGCAGCUUACGACGACGCCUUUUUCGUCGGCGUGUCGGAUGUGAUGGACUGUCAAUCUUCGAGUCCAUCUCCGACCGAC